CGCGCUCGAUCGCGCGAUCGCGCCGACCGCCGCGCCGCGACGCGUCACAUCGCGAUCGGCGCGCGAUGAGCGAAAAGGAGGAUCUGAGCGCGCUCAAGCGCGAAGAUCUCGUGUACAAGGCGAAGCUCGCGGAGCAGGCGGAGCGGUAUGAAGAGAUGAUGGAUUACAUGAGCGAGGUGACGCUCAAGUCGAGCGAAGAAGAGUUGAGCGUCGAAGAGCGAAACUUGCUGAGCGUCGCGUUUAAGAAUGUCAUCGGCGCGCGACGCGCGUCGUGGCGCAUCGUGAGUUCGAUCGAAACUAAGGAGGAAGCGAAGCACUCGAAGGAGAGCGAUAAGUGCAAGUUGAUCGCCGCAUACAAGGCGAACGUUGAGAAGGAACUCACGGACAUCUGCACGCGGAUUUUGGAUUUACUCAAGAACCAUCUGGAGGAUCGAUGCUCCGCGGGCGAAUCGAAGGUUUUUUACAAAAAGAUGAAGGGCGAUUACUGGCGUUAUCUCGCCGAGUUCAAGGGUGGAUCGGAACGCAAGGAGGCUGCGGAGGAGACGCUCUUGGCGUACAAGAGUGCCGAGCAAACCGCCGAAGCCGAACUCGCGUCGACGCACCCGAUACGGCUCGGCUUGGCGCUCAACUUUUCCGUCUUCUACUAUGAAAUCUUGAACGCCCCGGAGCGCGCGUGCCAAAUGGCGAAGAAGGCGUUCGACGAGGCCAUCAGCGAGCUCGAUACUCUCGGUGAAGAGUCGUACAAAGAUAGCACGCUCAUCAUGCAGUUGUUGCGAGAUAACCUCACUUUAUGGACGUCGGACAUGGACGAAUCCGCGCAAACGGGGCAAGACGUCGAUGAGGAAGACUAG